UCUCAAAACGGAAAUCAUUAGCGAGGUCCAAAGUAAAAUUGUUAAUUUUAAAGACAAUGUCACGUAAUGCCUUAGUGGGCAUUGUAAAGAAAAGCUCAAGAGCAGCGAAAAGAAGUCUGAGUGAAAGUUCAGUGGAAGAAUUACGUAAAAACAAUAGUAGUAGCAGCAGCCAAGACGAGGAAGAUGGACCUCUGCAGCCUUUGGUAGAGAAAAAUAAGCUAACGCGCAAACAUUUCACAUAUCAACAUAAAAUUGGAGUAUUACCUACUGAUAUCUUCGCGAUAGGCGGCGGAAAUAUAUUUGGCAGACAUUCCCAGCGUAUAAGUGACACUAUUGAUGUUUGCUUACGGAUAAUAUUAGUUUUUAUUUUUAUUAAAAUGGAAACAACACCUGCGUUUGAGCGUACAAUUCACGUGGAAGAGUUGUGGAUGUACAAACACCCGCGUAGAAGAGAUUACGUGUCCCCAGCAGCCUUACUGUUAGCCGUAGUGCUUGGCCCAUUUCUGGUGACAUUGCUGCAUUUAAUAUUUACGAAAGACCAACGAGACUUUAGAGCAGCGAAUUGGUCUUGGACGUUGUCUCUAUGUUUGAAUGGUUUAACGACAAGUCUACUGAAAGUAAGUGUCGGACGUCCACGACCUGAUUUUUUUUAUCGCUGCUUUCCGGAUGGCAUAGUGCGGAAAAGUGACCAUGUAACAGACGAUUUGCUAGAUUCAUUCAACUGCACUGGCAAUUUAUAUGAUGUCAAUGAGGGUCGAAAAAGUUUUCCAAGCGGUCAUUCAUCUUUUGCGUUUGCUGGUUUCGGUUUCAUUGCAUUCUACGUUGCCGCAAAACUAAAUGCUUUCAAUCGCCGUGGUCGUGGUGAGUCCUGGCGUCUAUUUAUAUCCAUUACUCCGCUGUUUAUAGCGGCGUUAGUAGCAGUUAGUCGUACUUGUGAUUAUCACCACCAUUGGCAAGACGUUCUGGUCGGCAGUAUUAUUGGUCUGUCCGUUUCCCACAUAGUUUAUCGUCAGUAUUAUCCUUCAAUAUUCUCAAUGAAUUGUCAUCAACCUUAUCCGCGUAAAUUAUAUCCGGCGACGGAACUAACGACGAAAACCAACCUCAUAUCCGGUCAUAAAGCUCGUUUCCGUGCUUAUAAGCAACUGCCCAGGGAAGAGGUAGGUGAUAGUAAUAUAUUGUACGACAACGAAGAAACUAAUUCGGAGCAGACGACCCUACUAACCGGAUACAAAACGGAUAAUAAAUGGUUUUAAAUUAUUCUUUCAUUUUUUUUUUUUAACAGACAGACAAAUUUUAAUUAAUUUUAUUUAUACUACAGUAACGACUCAAUGGUCAAAAAAACUAAUAAUAUAGCAAAUAUAUUUUUUAACUUAACAACGUAUGUAGAAAAUUCCAUUAAUUAAAGA